GGUGUGUCUGGACCGAUGUCGGUCAAACUCUCGGCAGUUAAUUUAAAUAAUCUUAUUUCUUUAAAGUUUAUGCGACGGAUUCGCUGUUAGUUCGGUCACACACGGCUCAAAGUUGGUAGUGGUUAACUUGGACGGACUGCUGUAACGUCACUCAGGCGCUGUGACGGUCCGUCUUCUGUUUUGGCUCUGCUGACCUCCGAUAGAUGGCGACCUUGUCACUCUGCAAAGUCAAGAUGAGCCACGUGGCGGAGGGCCAAUCCAUCGGUGCCUGCAAAUGCCAUGCCGACACGAGCAAGCACAAAAUAAAACGACUGAGAUCUCGUAAGGAGCGCAGUCAGACGAGAGGUGUCGGUGACAGCAAAGACGCCUGCAAACCGGUCAAAGCGUACCAGCAUCCCUGCCACCAUCAGGGCAGCCUGGAUAUUGGGCACCUGCACAGCUGCUGCCAUCACGCCCAGAGGAGAAACAUUACGCCGCCGCCCCUCUCCGACACGCAUGUGCCCACGCAGGAAGCCAGCGUCAUCACGACGGCCCGUCUCAUCGCCCAUCGCGGACUCUUCAACCAUGAGGUGAAGUCAAUCGACAUCGAGCGCCUGUUACUGGGGAAGAAGGGAAGAAAAGUGAAUGCGAAGGAGAAGAAGGCAAAGGAGAAGAAGGAGACGAAGGCAAAGGCGACAUCUCCAUUUGUUAGUAGUGAUGCCAGUGGUCCCGAUGAAGAGGCUCAAGCCGCAGAGGCCCAUGAUGGACGUGACAAGAAAAGUCACACGUCAGAGAUGACGCCGGACCAAAGAGAACAGGACUGUUCUUCAUUCGCAAGCUCAGGCGAGGCUCUGGCAGCGAAGAGCAGGAAAGUCGAGCCACGCGAGAAGCCGUCGUCUUUUGCGGAGCGCACGCUCCCGAGGAAGAAACCCACGGAUCCGCAGCGGCCGCCUAGGCCGAUUCUCCGUCGGACCGUCGCCGUGGAAAGGGAGGUCGACGCUCGUGCUCAAAGAGAAGGCAUCGCCUCAAAGUCCAUCGGCGCGGUGGCGCAGCGCUUGUGCGACGCCUUGCGCUUUCCUUUAAUGAAGAAGCGCGACCCGGUGGCCGAGAGCAGGGAGGUGCUGUUCCGUGUCCUGCGGGAGACGCACGGCCAGCACCUACAGCAGAACCUCCUCCGCAUACACUCAGGCACAGGCCUCCACCCUCACCCCAGGAGAGUGGUCCACAAGCCAAAGGCCACACGGAAAGACCGGGAUCGACGCUGGAUCCCAGAUUUGUUUCCAGCACCAUUUCAAAUCCACCCUGCGGAUCCUUUCUAUUUCAAUAAUGAGGAUGCUCCCGUUUUGGAAAACACAGGGAAGGGGAGGAAGCACAUUUUCUGGAAUCUCAGUCCACCGCCACAGCGGCACUUGGACCAGACUGCCGUUUGGCCAAUGAGUCCCACGGGCAUCUCAGCAGACUUCUACGAGGACAUCUUCGGGCCUCGCGCCUCGCCGGAGUUCAGCAUGGACUUUGGCUCCUCCUCCAGCCCUUCCUCUGCAGCGACUCAUCAUCUGUUUGCCCCAUCUCCUGCCUGGCGAGCAGAAACCCUGGCGCACAGAUUUGGUAAAACGCCUGCCGCAAUGGAUCCCUUUGAGGACUGUUUUGCGCGUAGGACGAGUCAGUCGCAGGCGAACUACGCGCGACACAGCCCCCGCCAGGAGCUAACAGGCCGAUAUUCACUGCAGCACUUCCCCCUGGAGCGUGACACCUUAACUGAAAACCAACAGUCCUCCUUCGCCCUCACCUUCCCCUCCCACGCUUUAACCUCUCUGCACAGCCACCGUUGCCCACCAUCUUUUGUUCUCGAGAGCCCACCACCUGCAUUCACCUCCUUGUCGAGCCCCAAACACUGGCCCUUUGGCUCCAGGAAAUUGUACUAACAAACCACCUGACUCACUUUUUUUUUUGUCUUGUGUGCUUAUUUUUGUUUAUUUGUAAACAGUCAUCGUAAGUCAUUGUAUUUGUCACUCCAAAAAUAAAGAAGAGUAAAGGUGU